AUCAGGAAUCCUAGGAUUACAGUGGUAGUUUACUCCUCCUACUAGUACACCUAUCUGCCCUCGAGUUGUAGGCUACUAUUGCAUCUUGGAAUUGGUACCAUUUGUACAUACAACAACCAUUUCUACAAUGGCAAUGAUGCUGCCAUUCGGUUAUUCCGCUAUCUUUUACAUGCUGGUCGGAUACUUUGAUUCUGCAUGCGCUGGAUCCGUGCUUCUCAACUCAAAUGCCAUCAAGAACAUACCUUUAGUGGCGGGUCUGAGUCACCCGAUAAGCGCGAGCCCAGCCGACUUUUCAUUUGACAGCGGGACCCAAAAUAUGGCAAUUGAUACCAUACAGUCUUUGAGUUGCUCCACGGACGAGGAGUGCGGUGACCAUGGUUUAUGCUUUGUGUCCCGAGGCGCAUGUCUCCCGUGCAAGAGGCGCAGGAAGCGCUGUAUCCGGGACACUAUGUGCUGCCCGGGCAACCAGUGCAGCAAUGGUGUGUGUUUACCCAGCGAUCCUGACAUGGUUCAGCACAUCCGAAUGGAGGACAUAGUGCCACCCAGCAAUACACCCGAGAAAAACUCUACAGUGGAACUGAACUCCAAGUUGCCCACGCAAUAUCUUUCACAAACCCCAAAAAGUCUGGAAGGAAAGCGCUGCCUGAGGUCUUCGGAUUGCACAGAGGGACUUUGCUGCGCGCGUCACUUCUGGUCCAAGAUCUGCAAGCCAGUGUUGAAAGAUGGUCAGGUCUGCACCAAACACCAAAGGAAAGGCACACACGGUUUGGAGAUAUUUCAACGGUGUGACUGUGGAGACGGCUUGUCCUGCAGAACACAGAGAGGGGAGCACAACGGCAAGGCAUCUCGAAGUCUGCACACUUGCCAAAGACUUUGAAUCAGCGGCAAUCCGUGGGUUUCGGUAGCCUUUCAGAAAAGUCUGACUGGAGGACUGAUGUGAUUUCUGACAAGACCCGUUUUGUUUUGGUCUUCUGAUUUUUGUCACUCAAAAAUAGCAGAGUAGUUGUGAUUGUUUCUCUAUGGAACUUGAGAUAUAUGAUUGUUACGGUAAAUUACUGUAUUGUACAUAACUUAUAGAUAAUGGCACUUAAUUAUUUUUGGUCACAACAACUAUUCGAGGAGAAGGUGCUCUCUCUAUGCUGUUAUCACAUUAUUGUAAAUGUAUUAACACUGUGAUUUAUACAACUUUAUAUAGAUUCUGAUAUAAAUUUAUAUUUUUAUUUGAAAUAAAGAGUGUUAAAAUA